AAUAAUAAUAAUAAUAAUAAUAAUAAUAAUAAUAAUAAUAAUAAUAAUAAUAAUAAAACCAGUUAGCAUUGAGUUGGAAACUUUGAUUUCCAUUCGAGAUAGAUAAUAUAUUUUGGCUGUUCUGAAACAAGUUUAAUUUCACCUGCUGAAAAAAGAUGCUUUUUCAUACAAAAUCUAUGAAGAGAAAUAAAUUGGACUAUAUUGUUGAUUUGCUGGUUUGCCCAUUUACAUCACUGGAAAAAUUUGAGUAAGACAUUAGACUAACCAUUUUCAAGAGGUUUUAGAUAAUUCGUAGAAAUUAGCGAUACCUGAUAUUAAGUACGAUGAAUAAAUUUUAAUAUGCGACCAAAGGGUUGAAGUAACUGAGACUAGUAAGAGGAAAUAACAUCUGGUCAGUCGACUAGGCAGUCCUGUAUCAACAUUCCUUAAGAAAUUUUACAAACACUCACAACUCAUUGUCCUUGAGCAUUUCCUCUCUGUUAAUCACUAUCAGCUCCAUUUAUUGUCAGUUAACUGAUUAUUAUUACCAUUAUCAAUGGCUUUAUUCAAUACUACAUUUUUGGUAUAAUGUAGAAUUCUCAACACAAGGUAUUUCAACAAGUUUAUUUUACAAAAAAGAAAGCAAAGUGAAAGAGACUGAUAACCACAUACAUGUAUACAUAAGUUAAGUAGGUAGAUGUUAGCGGGACAUAGACUAGAUUAAAGCAUGCUCAAUGCAUGAUUGCUUUGGUGCACGCUGAUUGGCUAAUUCUUAUCCAAUCAGCGCUAGUCGAUAGUUGGAGAAUAUUCUGGAUUCUUCUUAUGUAAAAACUAUAAAUAUACCGACGUUUUCCCCUAUUGUGCUUCCUACUGGCUUCUGACUUGCUAUUUGGAAUAUAAUCUUUUCCCUGUUCAACCGUGUUCUGAUUUGGGGACUUGUCGAGUGAAUCGGUGUCCGAGAAUACUAAGCAAUAGGAAUAGCUGGGUCAUUAACCGUAAGAACCAGAGUAUAACAGUGGCGACGGGGAAAAAUUAAAGAAAAAUGGCGAUUUCUUUAGAACAGUUGCGGUUAAUAUUACAGCACCAGCAGAAGUUGUUAGCCUUGCAACAACAACUAUUGAACACACUUUUCACUCGACCAGAAAAUAAGAAAUCUGUUUAUGAUGCAGUAACAGACAUUUCAGAAGCAUAUCUAGUGGAGGGUUCAAAUCCCUUUAUACCUGAAUCAGAACGUAAUAUUUGUAACGUGUCCGGCUCACAGCAAGAAAAUACUGUGCUGAAUGCACAUGAAGUUGUGACAAUACCAGAUGAUCAGGAGCCAGGUCCUGUAGAUGAAGCCCGGAGUCCAGAAUCAAAUGAAACACUACUGGUACUGUCUAGCUGCGAAAAUAAACGUCAGCUCGAACAAAAUUGUGGUCCACGUGCUAUUAGUCGAGAAAGCUAUGGUGACUCGUAUUCAGAAAAUAACUGGAGCAACACGAUGAACCAAAUUGUACCAGAUGUUACUCAAAAUCACCGGAAGACAGAAUUUUAUAUUGAGUCAACUUAUCCCAUUUCUAAUGACAGUGUACCAGAUAUUGAUUCUCAGAAUAAUGCAUAUGAUUUUGAUGAACCUUCUUAUAACAAUGAGGGAAAUAUGUCAGCUGAGUCGAAUGAUGGCCAAAAAUCUAAUCUAAUUCUGUUAGGCGUUGACUUUCUUAAUGACUCGUUAUCAGCUAACGAGAUUCAUAAUGAAUUUGAAAAUAAUGAACUCAGAUCAAAGGUUGUUCAUCAUCAUCUAGUCAUUUUUAGUGGAUUCUCCAGUCAAUACGAGAAACAUGGUUUAAAUAAAGUCCUACUAGUUAUAAUUUGGAGCCAUAAGGACCCAACAUUAUUUCGAGGAGGAGGAGAAUGUUGGAGAAUUAAAAGUUAUGCAUACUUUUUUUUAAGAAAAAUCAAAACGCCGGGAACAGACAUGUCAGUCUCUGUGCAAGGAAAAAGUGAUAAUUCUUCAUUGCCUAGACGAUGGACUAAUCGAAAGCACAAGCCAGUCACUCAGUUGCAGUUGGACCCUAGCACCAGAUCCUACGAAUCUGCUCAGAGGGGAGGUGUUAGCGGGACAUAGACUAGAUUAAAGCAUGCUCAAUGCAUGAUUGCUUUGGUGCACGCUGAUUGGCUAAUUCUUAUCCAAUCAGCGCUAGUCGAUAGUUGGAGAAUAUUCUGGAUUCUUCUUAUGUAAAAACUAUAAAUAUACCGACGUUUUCCCCUAUUGUGCUUCCUACUGGCUUCUGACUUGCUAUUUGGAAUAUAAUCUUUUCCCUGUUCAACCGUGUUCUGAUUUGGGGACUUGUCGAGUGAAUCGGUGUCCGAGAAUACUAAGCAAUAGGAAUAGCUGGGUCAUUAACCGUAGAAAACAGAGUUAUAACAGUAGACUACCCAGAAUUUAACGAAAUGUGUUUAAGGUGAUUUGAAUCUGUACAACUUUUUAAUUAGAAACAUAUUUGAGAAUCCAAGUUGUUGACUAGAUCAACUCUAACAACCUGUUCGUCACACAUGUUUGCUAGAUAAGGUAUUUUAGAGCCAUCACAUCUUUGCUUGCGUGCAUGCAUUCUGAUGUACUGACAUCUCGUUUUACCAGAAUAAACACAAGAAAAAAGAUACGAAUGAAGUGGAUAGUUAGCAUCUGAUAAGAUGAAAACUGCCAGGAGUUUGCAAGAUUUUGGAUGUCUAUCCACAACCAUAAUAAUAAUAACCUCAAAAGACUCAGCACACACCCUGCUAACUGUCUUCAGUACUCCCAGCAAUACAGUAGUGUUUUUCAAAAGCCCAGAAAGAAUAAUGCAGAACAGUAAAGAAUAAUAGGUAAUAUGCAAGAAUUGAAAAAUUGUAAGGACAAAUGUCGAAUAAUCCCGAAAUCAUGUAGCCUCUUUAUGUAGUAAGCUAGACGGAAAACUUUCUUCCAUGACAAAACAUGAGAACAACAAGAGAGAUCAGAGGAAAAAUUUACACCAGAAUAAAUGGCAUGUCAGUGUUUAUCAAGGAGUCUCCAAUAGUACAGACUUAAUGGAAUUCCAACGGGGUGUUUAGGUGCCAUUCGUGCCUCAGGCAAAGGCUAACAGUUUGAUAUUUAAACAGAUCAAAUGUGAGACCAUUAUCAACAGACCACCACUCAAUAUGAGACAAGAACUCAUUCAUUUCAGGCGGAUGUAAAGAGGGAUAAAUCGCCAUACAUACAGCACGACCGCCCACAUGUUUAACAAAAACGUUUUCUGUGGAAGAUGGCAGAUCAUGUAGAAUAAACAAGAAAAACAGAAGGAAAAGAAUAGCUAUUUGUGACACAUCUCCACGAGAGAGUAGGAACGUCUAAACUUCCAUCCAAACAGUGUACUGUUCCCUUCCAGAGGAGUAGGAAUAUAUCCAGUUGACUGUCAAACUGUCAGUGUUGACGUUGGUUAACUUGUUAAGUAGUUGUCUUGGAAUACAGUCAAAGGCAGGGGGUAUAGUCCAGAAAAGAGCAUCGAACGUACUUGUUAUCCCUUUCUAAACUGAACAUUAUAUUAUGACUCAGAACAACAACAGUAUCUAAGGUGCUCCUUUUGCAUUUGUAAGAAAACUGACACAGACCGAUGGGUUUUACUAGUGCAAGUUGAAGUGAGAGUAGCAAUAAUGUUUCUACUGACUUGAGGAAAGGUGAAAUUAUCGUUAUGGGUCUAAAUUUCACAUUCGUAUAGCCUGAUACUUUCCUAGUUAUUGGGGUUACCUUUAGCUUUCUCCACAUUUUAGGCAUGAGAUUAGUUGCGAAGAUGGUAACAGACAACCAUCGCAACACUAAAUCCUGUACAAAAGUGCACCAGUUUGAGUUGGGGCGAAUCGUGAUAUCACAAAAAACAAUGGCAAAUAAGUAACACCAAAGUAAGAAAUAGGCGUAUGAGUAGAAAAAGUGAUGGACCUAUUACGUAAAGAACAUAGAGUGGAUUUAAUUACGUGUCUAACCAAUCGUAUUUAAGUUGUAUUACAACUUAUGAAUAAGUAUGACACCACGAAGGUGCUUCUCAUAGACAACAAAGUCCUCAAAUAACGCUGAUCAGGAGCGUAAAUUGAGAGGAAAAAACAACAUCGGCACCCAAGAUGAUAUUCAAGAAGUAAAGAGGAUAAUACUAUAGGACGGCAGCAAAAUUAUGAGGUCGAGUUUAUUUUCAUAAAAGCCCGUCGCUCGCCGACCAUAUAAGGAAAUAGAAACAGAAAACGAUUACGAUCUCUCUUCUUAAAAUAGGAAGAUUCCAUAACAGCACAUUUUUAGGUGAUGAUCCUGUUAGGCUAAACGUCACUGAAUCCACUUCCAGCGCAGCUCAUACACAAUCUUAUUUGGAUUCAAAAAUUUGGGACAUGUCCCAUGACUGCUACGGUCACACGCGCAUAGCAACUAUAAACUGGUUGCUUUCUACCACCAAACCUCACAACUAGAGUGAAAUACUAACACAAACUUCAAAGUUGUGCUGACAGUAAAAUAAACUCGAAGAGAUUGUAAUUUACGAGACAUUAUCGCUCGUUAUUAAAACAAAAGAACCUGAUGCCAGAGUGGAUUUGAGGACCAACAAAAUAAAAUUGUACGCCAGGAUAUUGGAACACGGACUUUAAAUCUUGAAUUGUGUUCAGCCAAAACACGUCUGAUGAAUAAAAGAUGUUUACAACAACAGUACCAGUUGAGAGUGGCUGAGUAGAUGUUUUAAGUACCAUAGCUUUCAGUGUUGAUUUUAAAACCAAUUAACUAAUAAGCGACAGAGAAAUACGUGACUCACGAGAAUGCGCACACUACUUCAGAC